AUGGCAACAGCAAACUCAACAGCUUCCCGCAUACCGAAGAAAACAGUAAAAGAUUUUAAAUUUAUCAAAGAAAUCGGCAGUGGAUCAUAUUCAACAGUGUUUCUUACUAUUGAAUCAGCUACUAAUCGUGAAUUUGCUAUCAAAGCCGUGAGAAAAGAUUUAGUCACAAAAGAAAAAAAAACUUCACAAGUCGUUCGCGAAAAAGAUAUUUUAGCACGACUUACCAAUUGUAAUUAUGUAGUAAACCUUUAUUGUGCAUUUCAAGAUGAUAAAACUCUUUAUUUCGGUCUUACAUAUUGUCCAAAUGGUGAUCUUCUUCAAUAUAUAAACGAUUCUGGUCAUUUUACUGAAGAAAUUGUACGAUUUUAUUCUGCAGAACUUGUUGAAGCACUUGAACAAUUACAAAAUCGACAUAUCAUUCAUCGUGAUCUCAAACCGGAAAAUAUACUUUUAAGUGAUGAUAUGCAUAUUCAGUUAACUGAUUUUGGUUCCGGAGUAAUUUAUGACAAUAGUGAAUCUCUCUUCCAAACAGAUAAUAGCAAAAGUGUAGAUGGUGAAAGAAAAUCAAUAAAACGAACUAAUUCAUUUGUUGGUACUGCUCAAUUUGUAGCGCCAGAAAUUCUGAAACGUGGCGCUAUUCAUGUCGGAUCCGAUUUAUGGUCACUAGGCUGUAUUAUUUAUCAAAUGACUACCGGUAAACAUUUAUUUCGUGGCGGUCAUGAGUAUGAUAUUAUUAAUUCUGUUGUACGUGCUUCUUACAAAUUACCUGAUGAUUUUUCUCCAGUAAUUCGUGAUCUACUUCAAAAACUAAUUCGUCUCGAACCAAGUGAACGGCUUGGUACUCAAGAAACAGGUGGUAUGAAAAAGCUCAAAGAGCAUGCAUUUUUUAGUGAAUUUCCUCAUGAUACUAAAUGGGGCCAAUUACUAAAUCAACGAUCACCCCUUGAAGCAAAACAUAAACUUAGUUCAAGGCCACAAAUUAGUGAUGAUGAGCUUAAAACAAUGUCAUCCGGUUUUGAUGACCGUGUUGAAGCUCGUUUGAUUGGUUUACGAAUGGCAGCCGAUGCACCACAUGAGUUAGCAGCAAUGAUUACUGGAUCAUCGAAUAUUACAAUAUCAGACGAAAAUUCAUCAUCGCAAAAACCAGAUAAUCGAAAUUCAUCGUCGAAUCAUAGUACAAACUCGUCCAUGUACAAUCCUCCGCCCUCAAAUAACUCCGUUAAUAAUAAUAAUAAUAAUAAUGCAUCUGUGACAGCAAAAAGAUUACAAUUACCUGAUCAUGCUCUAUCGCUAUCAGAGCAAUCUACGAAGAAUAUCUAUCAUAGAUUUGUCCAAAAUAAUCUAAUUAUUAAACAAGGAGUUUUAGAUAAGAAAAAAGGCUUGUUUGCUAGACGGCGUAUGUUUCUUGUUACUGAAGGUCCUGCUAUAUUUUAUGUUGAUCCAGAUGCAAUGGAGUUAAAAGGAACUAUCUCAUGGACAGCAGAUUUACAUAUUGAACAGAAAGAUAUGAAAACAUUUCUAAUUCAAGUGCCGGGUCGAACAUAUCAUUUAACUGAUCCAGAUCAAGAUGCGACGACAUGGUGUAAGAGUCUUACAUCCAUUCAUUAUCGAUAUUAUAAUACAAAUCCAACUCGAGAAGUAUCAACCAUAUCAUCGUAUUCAACAACAUCGUCUGCGUCAUCUGGAUUGCAGUCUACUAUUCCAGUAACUGAACUUUAA